GAGAUUGAAAGAGUAUUCUUUUAGCACAAGCAAUUUAUUCCUGCAGACAGCCAUGUGAACCAGUUAUUCUCACCAAACGGCUCUUCAAACACGCGUUUUUGCCUCCCCACUCCCCGAUAUUUAUGUUGGCGUGUCAGGGACAGCCUUGGGAAUUCGGCAUUUGUAAUAACAGACAGAAACCAAGAGGUGGAGGGGGGACCCUUGAUUUGCAGGGCUAAUGGAGAAAUGAAGGUUGGGCUUGAUGGAGAGGGAAAGGGAAAGGGAAAAUGACAUUAAUGUUAAUGUUGAGGUGAUUCAAUGGGAAGUUUAUGUGGAGGAAGUGGUGCGCAUAUGGAGUUUACGGAGCAGCGUGGAGACGGCCACAGCCAAGAGAGGCGAUCUCUUCGUUAAACUGGACGCCAAACUCCAGGUGCGAAAGGAGUCUCUUUCCCGUUCAGAUGAAGUGGAAGCAAUGUAUAGAAAGCUUGAAUUGCAGAGACAGAGACUGGCAUGUUCUUUGUUGUCAUUGAAAGAAAUGUCACAAGAAGUACAAGAUAGAGAAGAGAAGCUUGCAACUUUAGUUCAAUCACUUUCAGGAGCGGCAAAAUCCUUGUCUGCUGCUCAUGGGAGGUUACAGGAAGCUAACAAAUUGCUGGCAGAAGGGGGUAAUGGUCAACUUUGGCAUUUGAAGAAAAUGCUGUUGACAAGGCAGCAGUUAAUGGUUACCCAAGUUUCAUCUCUUUACCCUAUAGCUCGUGGUGCAGAACCUAAAUCAGGUGAAGGUUCUGGAUCAUCUCCAGUCUCAACCUGCACUGAUUCACCUGUAGAAUCCUUGACCAUUGGAGGCUUGCAGUUGUUUGGACCACCACUAAAAAAGCUGGGCUUCUUCAAUGAUAAGCAGGAAUUUCAAAGCUCUGCAACAGCUCUUGGAUAUGUUGCCCACAUUAUUAAAUUGAUUGCAUCAUAUUUAGAUAUCCCUCUUCGAUAUCCGUUGAGGUUAGGAGGUUCGCGCUCAUAUAUUCAAGAUUAUGCGUCUCUGGUAGAGCCAUCAAUAAAUGAACAGGAAGGAACUUUAGGGAUGGAUUUUUUACAGAAGCAUGUUGUUGAAUUUCCACUAUUUUCAGAGGGCCAAGAACCCACCAGAUCGGCAUAUGCAGUUUUCCUGCUGAACAAGGUUGUUGUGUGAUUUCUGAUACGGGCAUGCGCCUUGUUCUGUCAGUGAUAUGGGAGUAACUGAAGGAAGUUUUGAAAAUGAUUAUUGACUUGACUUCUGAUUUAAAAAAAAUGGUGUAAGAAUUUUUCUUUUAGAGUGCUGUGUGGAUAUAGAGUGAUUGAAGAAAGGCGACUAAAAUAUACAGUGAGAGAAGAAUGCAGUGAUGAUUUAAAAAUUGGUUGUGAAUCGUGAUAUCCAGUUUGGAGACUGCGGUAUUUUUUUAACAGACCGAGUUCCUGGAAGAGAUUGAUAUUCUAGUCUCUGUGAAAGAGUUAUGUUGCUUAUAUGCUGAAUAUGAUAUUUUGAUAUCAGAGACAGAUUUCACGGGUACGGUGUGACUUUGAUGGAUGUGGUACAUGUUCUGGAAGAAGUCUGGUUCUGAGUGUGUGAUUGAGUCUUUGAUAUUCUGUUUGAUGGGAGUGAUAGUGGCUGAGUUGAAGUGACCGGACUGGUGAAAGAGAAGGAUCUCUGUUAGUUUAAAGAGCUUUCAGAAGCUGAGAUUCAUUAUAUGCUGAUCUAUUUUGAUGACUAAAGUUAAGUUAUUUCAGUGCAUACAGAGUAAGCAGCUGGGUGAUCAAGAAG